AAAGAGCGAACAUUGCAACUUGUAUUCUGUUUACUUAUUUUGUUGACACACAACAUGGCGGGAGUUCGAGGAGUGCUGUAUAUAUGUACAAUUUUAUACUCAUCAAGUUUCUGCAGACCGAUCAAAGAAGGGGACAUGAAGGUAUUGAACAACGAUCUUCUUCCUAAAGAUCGCAUUCCUGGGGUGAAAUUAGAAAGAGACGGACACAUUAAUCGUGAUUUUCAUCAUGAAGCUUUUCUUGGACGUUUGGUCGAAGAAAAUAAAUUAAACCCGAAGAAUUUGGACGGAUCGAGAAAGUUGAUUGAGAUUUUUCACAAAGUUGACUUGAGUGAUAAUCACAAGGUGGACAAGGAAGAGCUUACGACUUGGAUUCAUGAUAGGAUUUUGGAGCAUUAUGAUCAUGCAUUGAAGAUUAACAAGGAAAGUUUCAAGAAGAUUGAUAAAGAUGACGAUGGUCUUGUCACAUUGCAAGAGUACAUGCAAGGCCUAACAACUGAUGAUAAACUUCAGGAGGACACAUUAAAACUGGGAGAGCAGUCAGAGGAACAACUCAAGGGUUUGAUGGAGGAGAUAAUGUCAGAAGAUUUGAACAGAUGGAACAAAGCAGACCAAAACAAGGAUUCAAAGUUGAAUAAAAAAGAGUUCCUAGCAUUUCAACAUCCAGAGCAUAAUAAACAUUCAAUUGAGGCUAUGGCCGAGGAACUUCUCUCACAAAUGGACGAUGAUAGCAACUUGGUGUUAACUGUGGAUGAGUUUGUCCGUGUACCACCUGGAGAAGUUGAUGAUGAUGCUGAAAAAGCUGAAGAUGAAAAAUAUUUCAACGAGAGAAGAAAGGAAUUCUCUGAAGUAAUAGACAUUGACAGUGAUGGUAAAGUUUCUUUGGAUGAGCUUAAACAUUAUCUUGAUCCACGACACAAACAGCAUGCCAUGAAGGAAGCAGAAUAUCUAAUAUCUGUGGCAGAUUCCAAUAAUGACCAUGAGCUAGAUGAGAAUGAAAUGAUAUCAAACUAUAAACUAUUCACAGGCAGCAGUAUGGCUGACAGCCCCCGCAUGUUACAUGAAGAAUUUUAGUUCACAAAGCUCAAAACUGAUGUACACAUUCAUUCUGGAAAAAAUAUGACGUAUCAACCUGCGGUUUUAAUGGAUAAAGGGCAAGUGUAACACUAAAAAUUUAAUGAAUGACGUAGUAAGGCAGGCAUUGUAUAAAUAUUUAAUGUAAAUAUAAAUAUUCAACCAUGCAAAAAACACGUGAAAGUUUUAGGGAGUUAAAUGAGAUAGCACUUAUCUCAUAUGUCAUCUAAAUGAUUUAUACAUACAUUAUGCUUGUAUGAAAUGACGGCUUACUCAUAAAAUGACGACUUUAGCAAAUGUUGUCUUUUAUGAAAUAAAAACUUUCUGAAGUA